AUGCGAGCUUUUUGCACCGUCAGCGCACCCUUAGAGGUUUGCGCACCACCUUCCCGACCUCUGCCUCCGGGUACCAGAUUUCUAGCUUUAAAGUUAUUGGGAACGCCGCAGCCACGCACACUCUACUUCCUAGUCGAAGCAAAAAGUCGCGUACGCGAAGUAUACGCACAGACAUGCCACCACUUCUCCAAGCAAGGCAUGCUGGACACGGAGCUGUUCGGCCUGGCCGUCCUAAUAGAUGGCGAGUACCUGUUUGCCGACCCCGAGAGCAAACUGUCCAAGUACGGGCCCAAAAGCUGGCGUUCCUCGCACACUCAUGGCCUGGACGCCAACGGGAAGCCUCUCCUGGAGCUACACUUCCGGGUGCAGUUCUACAUCGAGAGUCCGCUGAUGCUGCGUGAUGAAGUGUCGCGCCACAACUACUAUCUGCAGCUGAAGUACAAUGCGGUCACGCGGGAGCUGCCCAAGGAGUGCUCGGAGCAGAGUCUGCUCCUGCUCAGUGCCCUCUCGCUGCAGGCCGACCUCGGUGACUCGGUGACCGCCGCCGCCGCAGGCGGAGAUCAAGAAUCGGGCCCAUCGGCCGCAUCGUCUUCAGCGUCAGCCACGACACCAUCCACUGCAGUACCCUCUGUAGUAUCAUCGAGUCCCGUGGCCACUUCCCUCUGCUCAAGCAGCAGCAGCAGCUCUUCGUCCUCGUCCUGCAUCAACAACAACAACAACAAUGGUGGCCCCACCUCGGUCAGCUCGGCCUCGGCAUCCUCAUCUGGCUCGUCGUCCGCUUCCACCGCGACGUUCGCCACCGGUUCCCCCUCACCUACCAAUGCCGUGGCCGUCGGCCCCGAAACAGCCGCCACGGUGUCGUCUACCCCAAGCGCCCCCGGACCCGGCGGGGAGUACUUCCGGGCGGAGGAGUACCUCAACCCGAUCCUGCGCACGGCCUGGGGAGUGGCUGCGGUGACUGCGUGCCACCGCGAGAACCGUGGGCUGUCGCGGGCCGACGCCGAAACGCAUUACAUCCGCGAGGCGUGUAAUCUGAACGAAGCCAUCAACGCACACAUUUUCCGCAUGCGACAAGCGAAGAGCGAAACCGGCCCGGGUUCGGCCGUGCUCAGUAUCUACGCCAAGGGUAUACGCAUCACGGACCCGGGCGGGGGGGCGUCAGCGUCAGCGGCCGGGACCACCUUCCACUGGCCGACGAUCGGAAAGCUGAGCUUCGAUCGUAAAAAGUUCGAGAUCCGUUCGGGCGACGCGAAGAUCACGCUCUACUCGACGAACGACGACAAGAACAAGAUGAUCCUGGCGUUGUGCCGCGAGACGCACCAGUUCUCGAUGAAGAUCGCACCGCGCCUGACCGAGGCGAUCAAGCGGGAGGAGGAGGAGAGCAGCUGCAUCCACGACGGGUACCCGUAUCUGUACUCGCGCGCCCUCAACCUGCCGUACAAGAGCAAGUCCGAUCAGCGCAUCUCGGUGAUCUCGAGCACGAGCAGCAACACCACGUCCGGCAUCGUGAGCGAUCGGGUGCACUCGGAGGACGAGCUGGAGAUCAUGAUCAACACACCGCCGAGUGGCGCUCUGGCCGCCCCGUCGACCGAAAGCCUAGCCCUGGCUCACCUGCUCGACUGUCCCAGUGUUUCACGCCAGACGUCCUCCGUCGGUCAGGUGUCCCUGCAGGAACUCAGUGUGGCACUGCCGCCGCCGCCACCGCCGUGUGUCGUAGACCCACACCCGGGCAAAGAGUGCAGCGAUGCCGCAUCGUCCACCUGCAGCACGGUGGUCGUGAUGGCGCCCGGUGACUGUCCGGCACCGCCCGGUUCGAUCGGCGGAACUACCACUAGCUCGAGCGGAGCCACGACCACCACCAGCAGCAGCAGCAGUGGCACCCUCACGGCGGCGGCGGCGCCGACAACGGCCUCAGCGCCAUCAGGGGCCGUCCCCAUUCCGGCCGAUCGGCGGCAGACGUCCACCUGCAGUAGCCUGAUCCUGGGCUUUAGCCACACGGCCCAGAACAGCACGCUGAGUGUGGCGGCCAGCACCUGCCUGGAGCACGACAUCAACGAGGAGGAGGAAGAGACGCACUCGGGCGUGUACACGAUCGCGCACGUCCCGCCGACGGAAACGAGCGGCGUGUACACGAUGAACAGCAGCGAGAUGACGGCCAGCCAGGCGUCGGAGAUGGCCGAAUCGGAGUCGCACGAGAGCAGCUCGCACUACGGCAGUUUCCAGCCGUGCCGGAGCGAGCUGGCCGGCCUCGAACCGGUGGACUCGGUCGACGGUGACGACGGCGGCGGCGGCGGCGGCUGCUAUCGGCCUCGGCUCGAUUCGAGCGAGUUCCGGCUCCGCUCGGACUCGAACGUCAGCGCAGCCGGCUCGUUCCGGGGCGAUGGGAGCGAUCCGACGGACAACAAGCACUCGCUGCUUAGCGCCGAAGAGCUUACGGAGCUGAUCGUUGGCCGCGGUACGUACCCCUCGCGGAAAACGGUCAGCCACACGCUCGAUUCGGACUGUGACUACGUGACGCUCCCGUUGCCGCUCGAGGGCGAAAGCUAUCUGCAGGGCAGCGAAGAUACGGCCCCGACGGAGGACGAGUAUGACGACGACGUGUUGCCACCGGCCCCUCCCAAGCGGAUCGACAGCAACCUGGGUCAGUCUGGCCCGGUACUAGGGCCGGUACCACCAACGGAUUCGGCUCCACCACCACCGCCGCCACCAUACAAUGCGCACCACGAAACGACCGGCCUCCGUGGGCCGGACAUUCGCGGGCCACCGGUGGAUCCCGAAGCGCCCGCCAUCCCGCUGCGCCAGGAUCCUCCACCAUACCCUCAGAAGCCGACCGCGGCCAGCCAGACCACCGGCACGACACGGCGCAGCAGCCCCGCGGUCACGCCAGUUCCUGCUCCGCCGCAGCCGCCGGUGGUGACGGAGGAAGUUCCGGCCCGGUUCAUUACCACGCGUCCGCAGAUCAACAUCCUGAAGGCGCACGCCAGCGUUGUGGGCGAAACGCCCAAACCGAGCUACGCCGCGCCGACCGUCAACAAUAUCGGCAACCUGGCGGCGGCACAGGCCGCAGCAGCGGCGGCUGCGGCAGCGGCACAGGCCGCUGCCACACCGCCUCCACCGCCCCUCGGAGGGGGCUACGGAAUGCCACCGCAGCACCACAAAGCCAUCACCUCGCCACCGCCACCGUACCCGGAAAUGCCGAAGCCACCGCCCCAGCACCGGACGGCGUGCGUCCUGCUGCCGGUCAUCAAGCCCCGCCAUCAGUACCAUCCGCCUCCGCCGCCCAGCAUCCCGCGGCAGCCACCACCACCGCCGCCGCUGGCCACCGUGUACACGAGCCAGAUGGCCCGGUCCCAGAUCGAGCUGUACCAGCAGCAGCUGUACAGUGACGUCGACUACGUCAUCUACCCGAUCCAGGACCCUUCGAUCAGCCAGCAGGAGUACCUGGACGCGAAGCAGGGCUCGAUUCUGGCGGCCAUGGCCGCCCAAAGUCCACCACCGCCACCCUAUCUGGCGUACCACACGGUCCGGGCUCACAACCGCAGCUGGGAUGCGUGCAAAAACCAUGCCAUCUACCGGAGCACCCCGUACCUGUCGAUGGCCCUGUCGUCCAACUCGCGGUACGCGUCGACCCAGAACCUGUCCGACACCUACGUGCAGCUCCCGGGGGCCUACUCCCCGCUCUACAGCCCCUCGGUGACCAGCCUGUGUUCGUCGUCGUACGAUCCGGCACCACCACCACCACCGCUCCGGCCACGACCUCCCCUAACCAAGACCAAUGCGGGUCCACCAGGUGGCGGUCCUUCACCGGCGGCGGCCCUCUUUGCCCGGUCUCGCUCCGACGACAACAUCCUUAACUCGAUCGAGAGCACGCCGAAAAUCCGACGCCAGCCGCCACCUCCGCCACCGCCACCGUACGAAAGCAAGAAAGCCAUCCGGAAGCCUCCGUUGCCGCUACCGAGUGCGGUCGUCGCCAUGACGACGCUGCCGAAGCCGCCGGCUGCCAUACCCACAUCGCCAUCGCCCCAGCUGUCCUGUGCCCCAGAACGACCCCCGGAAGUGCCAGCAAAACCGACGCCACCGAAACCGAGUGGUCCGAGUGCGAAGCUACAGGCACAGAUCAAGAAGCAGUACCCGGACUUUGACAUGAGCAGCCUGACGGCGACACAUGGCCCGGCGACGGCAACAGCGGCCCGUGACGAUCGCACCUCGAUCGACAUCAAGACGCUGCGCGAGAAGAGCAAACACCUCGACCUCCCGCUCAUAUCCGCCCUGAUGCACGAUCGGUCGCUGCUCAAGCAAACCCGUGCCUUCGUCAUGCCGAAGCACCCAAAGUCGGCGACCGGUGGACCUGGCCUGGCCAACGGGGCCCCCUCGGGCACCGGUAGCGGCACCACCGCCGCUAACGUCCCGAUCGGCAACGAAAGCGGUGCGACCACCAACAACGCCUCCUGCGGGUCACCGAAAGCAAAGUACCCGGUGUCCGGGCUCUCGACGACGCAGCUGGCCAAACCGCGGAAAACGGCCGCCAGCCACCGGCACCCGAACGACAAGCUGCCACCGCUGCCCGGCCAGACGGCCGAGGGCAACAACUACGUCAUGGACCCAACACCGACCCCGGUCAAGCAGAAGAGCUUCAGCUCAUCCCAGCCCAGCGCCUGAUGAGUGGUCGCGCGUGCGCCACGAAUCCCACCGAAAACCCUCUCCCUUUCCAGCCCCGUACUCCCCCCGGUAUGCUCUCUCGUGCCCCACUGUCCCACUCUCUCUCUCUCUUUCUGCCUGACGGGGAACGGGGACACAUUACUCAGGAUCACUAAUCUCGUUUUGCGCUCGUAACGCGUGUUUGGGAAAGGAACGCAAGAGAAGCGUGUCGUGUCGGUUUUUAUAAAACUACUGCGCGAUCGGAUAGUAUUUUAACUAUAUACUCUGGGCGCUCUUGUAUAUAUAAGCGGACAGUGGGGGCCACCACCCCGGAACCACCACCACCCCAAGUUGAUUUAAGUGUUGUGUAAGGCCGGACGGAACUGGCAGGAGCCAAACGACGUGCCAAUCGAUGAGCAGCGGCGGUUAAGUGACAUACAUAUAACACAAAACAAAGGAGAACAAGACUAAUUCGCCUUAGGAACGAUACGUACGAUAUAGCACUGAUGAUAGCACAGCAGACGGGGACACUCUCGCCGCCGGUGGCCAUCGAGCCCACCCGGCCGGCCGGCCGUUUGGUUUUAGUAGUUCGGGAUUUUCGGUUCUGGUUCGUUUUUUUCGUUUCUUUCGUUGUAAAUAUCCCGCUAAAGUUAACAAAAAUUGGUAAUUAUUUCGUCUGUCUUUCGUGUGUCGGGCUCUAUUUUGCGUUCGGAUGCCAACUAACCCACAUUUCGGGCGCGAUCGUACAGAAAAAUCACAUAACUUAAGAGAAAAUCCCAAGUGUUACUGAAAUUAUUAUUAUUAUUUCUUGUCCUUUGGUCGCUUCAUUUUUUUGGGUUUUACGGGGAAACAGAGAGAGAAUAAGGAAGGAACAAUCGCAGACAGGCGCAGCGAGCGAUUUAGGCGUUAGAGAGGAGAGAGGUACUAUUAGUUUGUAAAGCUCUUAUUUAAUGGGUCCGCCGUACGCGCGGUGGCGUGGGUUUUAGUGGAAUAGGAUUCGUUUUAGGCUUCGUAAGGCGCAACUCUUAUUUUUUCUCUCUAUGAAAACGGGGAACGGUUCCCAUUCUUCAUCCAUUCCUAAGGAAGGCAGGCGUUAAGAGAAGAAAGGCGUAUAAUAGGAUCGGCCCAGCGUUGCGCAUCAGAAGUUAGUUAGUACUCUUGUAAUUCUAGACGACGGCGCGCGAGAUUAGGACUUGUGGUGUAAUUUUUUUUAUUGAUAAUUCAAAUUUAUUCGUUUGUUUCGGAUUAACAAACUUCCAACAUUUACAAUUACAGACACCUACGAUUAAUAUCUUUUUCUAUGUUUAGGUAGGCAACCAGCAAAUGAAAAUAAAAUCUAGAGAUCUAAUAAAACAAU